CAAAGGUUGGCCCGAAAAGGCGCCUAAACGUCGUCUAUCUCACUGAGAUUCCCCAAAACUCCAACAUUGUCUGAAGUUCGACGAAAGCCAUAAAAACUUAACAAAUCCGCCAGUUUAGCACAAAGGGUCGUUUAACUUUUAACGACGCGACGGGGUAAUUUUAUUGCCCGAGUUCGUGGCCCGAUAACAGUGAUGACAAAGUAGCCGCGUUAACCAAAAAAGUUUCACACUUUCCGAGCUCGAAAUCAAAGGGCGUAAUCGUAAAAGGCGGCCAAGUGUUGCGAUUUAUGAGUUCACAAUCGUAAUUGAAUUUUAUGCGAAAACUUUGGCCAGUUUUCCUUGGGAUUAUUGUGGCAAUAAAACCGAAACGCAAACAAAGGUCGAGAGCAUAACGAAAUUGCCGCCAAAAAUUGAUACCAAGCUCAUGAGCGGACUCAACUCUCGUCUGUGAACGCGGCCCACUGGAGGAAAGCCCAAUGAAAAGUUUGGUUGCCCCCGAACCAAUUCAGUCGGAGUGGAGCAAGUGAACCCCUGCGGCUAGCCACCCCCGGCCACCCGAACCACCCACUCUAGUCAAAUUUAAUAAAAGGCCGCACAGCGCAGAGCUUCGCUGGUGGUGACUGAAUCUGGAGCUCCCACUCCGCCGCCCGAAUGUCCUGAAUUGUCCUGGCGGGCUCACGCAGUGCGACAAAAGCCGCCCUCAGCGCCUUUAUAUGCGCACAUAAUUCAGAGCGUCGGCCAGUAACACCCGCUGCCAAAAGUUAAUGCCCCAAAGCAACGCCGCCACAAUGAUAACCAACAAUAAUUUGGAUUAUGACCAGGACAGCGCCAGCAGCAACAGCAACAGCAGCACAGGGGCAGCAGCAACAGCGACCGCAGGCACGGCGGCAACAUCGACGGCCAUGAGCAACAGCAACGGCAGCACCAGCAGCAGCAGCAACUCCUCGCCCACGGCCGACAACUCCAAUUCGAAUUCCAACUCCAACUCAAACUCCAACUCGAAUUCAAAUUCAAAUCAGAACUCCAACUCCAAUUCAAACUCAUACUUCAAUCGAUUCGACAACCGCAUAGCUGCCAACUUGGCUGCCGUUCUGACCGGGGCAGGAGCCCGCUUUCGAUCCUCGUCCUGCAGCAAUCGUCAGCCAGCUGGAUCUGUUAAUCCCGCCGUUCUGAGAUCCCCCUUGGCCACCAUAAGCCGUAAGACCAGUCUGGCCACGCCCCCUUCGCCCGCCAGUCUAGGACGACGCCGCCCACUGCAGCUCUUCGCCCACGCGAACCUCAACUGCAAUGACAACGAGAAGGUGGCUCAAACGCCGAGUUCUGAUGAGGACAACUCGCCCACCGAACUAAACAGCUGCAAGCGACUGGCAGACAAACCUCCUUUGGUCAAACGCUUGACAAUGGGUUUGCUGCGUCACAACGAGGAGUCACGCCCCCUGGUGGGCGACAUGACCCCUCUAAGCGCGCCCCUGGACAUCCAGCCGGUGUACUCGAAUGGCUACAUCAACGAGGACUCCUACAUCGACAGCAAGUUCGGUGACUCGUGCCGCCAAUCCUUGACAGCCAUUCCCAUGCUGGACAACGUCAAUCUGAACGACAAUAACGAGUUCAACCUGAAGAAGCGGUACUUAAGGGAGACGAGCAGCGCCAAUUCCAGUCCCAAGAUCUUUGCCAACCGCCUGCGCAUGAAUCAGGGUGCCAGUGGCCAACGGAGCAGCAGUUUGGCCAACGCCUUUGGAAACAUGGGAGCCGAGGAGGAGGAUCUCGAGCUGAAGGACGCGUGCUGGUACCAGGCGGGCAUUUCCAGGGACAUAGCCGUGGAGGUCCUGCAAAGCAAGAGCCCAGGUGCGUUUCUGGUGCGCAAGAGCAGCUCCAAGCCAGGCUGCUAUGCCCUGACACUGCGCGUACCUUCGCCACCUGGGCCGAAAAUAGCCAACUAUAUUAUCCUGAGAUCCCCAAGGGGCUUUAAAAUUAAGGGCUUCCGCAAGGAGUUCUCCAGCCUGAAAGCCCUGAUCACCCACCACUCGGUGAUGCCCGAGCUCCUGCCCGUCCCCCUGGCCAUGCCCCGUCCCACCAACAUGUCAUCCUCGCGGCGGAACCUCGACGACUUUGAUACCUACGACUCGCUGCAGAUGCUGCUGAAGUAUCUGCGGGCCAAGAACAUGGAGACGGAGCAGCAGCAGUAGCUAAUGGAGGAAAUCGAUCAACUGGUAGCACAAAAUUACAUUUAAGUUCUGGUGCGGCAAAACAGUUUUGCUUGAAUCGAACCGAUACCGAGAAAAUGUGAUACUCUAUGAAAAAGAAAACACAGACACUGCAAAUGAAACGCCUAGCUGAUAAAUGGUGAAAGUAUCUCUAGUUUAGUUUAGUUUUGGGUUUAUGGUUGUUUGCCUGUUUUCGGUUUUGUGCGUGGAAGCAAUGCGCCAUUAAAGGGUAGGAAAAUGUCAGGGACAUUGCAACUUACCAUAAGAAAGUAAAAACAUCAUUGCCAGUUUUCAAUGUUUAUUGAGAAAUGUAAUUAGUAAUGCCGUUUUUAAAUUUCAGUCGUUGUUCCAGAGAAAAUUAAAGUAUUCCAUUGGUCAGCCAGAAAUUUGAAUUUUUUCCACUUUCUUUGAGCAUUUUCAACUGCAAGCCUAUUAAGAAAUAUUUCAAAAAUUAAAUAAUAUACCCAAUACGGAAGAACUCUAUGUUAAAUGUUGUUGCUGCUUUCCACUGUUAAGCAUAAAUAAAUAUAUACCAAAUUGAAAUGCAUAUUUUAAAUGUAAGCAAAACAGACACGAACCGAGAAUCGACCCAAAAAUGUAAAUAAUUCACUACCGUAACAUAAUUGAGUAAAUAAAGUUGUUUAAUUUAUAAAAAAAUGAGAGAAAAACAAUAAAAACGAAAACACAGAA